AUGGCCCGUCAGAAAUGGAACGUGGAUUUUCAUAUGGCCAAUCUCUUUGAGGCUGACCGAAAUAGAGAAAACGGUGCGCGUAUUGGAUAUGUCAUGCAUCCACACUGCUGGCUACUGGUUGAUCGGUUCCUGGGGCACCGCGUUGUGAAGCAGAACCUGCGCGCCUUUACACAAGCUAUCGAGAUGUAUUGGAGAGCUCACCGAACACUUUGGAUGCCGGACCUAAUCCAUGAGACUGAUGAAUAUCCAUGCUAUGAAAAUGCAGCACCCUGGAUCAAGCAGAACUAUCCCACAUAUGCGGCAGGAACCUUUGACCGCACACACAUGUCCUUGAGUCCACUUAUAAUCCGUGAUAUCCAAACAUUGAUCGCAGUGGCUACUCAAGAGCACGAGAAAACCCUUGGCCACGCCAUGAAGUUGCAUUCUAUCGUUGCUGAUAUCCCUGUCGAAAUCAUAAUGAUGAUCACUGAUACGAUCUACCAGAGCCGUCCACCUUGUCACGAAAGAAUCCUAGAUACUCGCAACGUGCUAGAGGCCUUUCAAUGGAAACUACCUGAUUCAUACUGGCAGAUGCGCUGCAACCCUAAUCUUGUAUUCGAGGUGCAAGACAUAAUUAAGGCAGGGACACAAAUCGACUGGGCAUACUUCUGCCUAGGGUUACAUGAGCUAUUGUUGCAAGAGGACUGGUACUGCAAUAGUGGUUUAUAUUUUCGUGGCCGGAUCCUGUAUCUCAUUGAAUGUAUUAGAGGGAGCCUUUCAAACACAAUCUAG